ACCUCAAGACCAGCUCAUCGUCGUCGCCGCCAGCCUUCAAGAUGGUCAACAUCCCCAAGACACGCAGAACUUACUGCAAGGGCAAAACAUGCAAGAAACACACACCGCAUAAGGUGACGCAAUACAAGAAGGGCAAGGAUUCCCUCUUCGCGCAAGGGAAGCGCCGUUACGACCGCAAGCAAUCAGGGUAUGGUGGUCAGACCAAGCCUGUCUUCCACAAGAAGGCAAAGACAACGAAGAAGGUCGUGUUGAGGCUGGAGUGCAAUGUGUGCAAGUACAAAAUGCAGCUUACCCUGAAACGUUGCAAACAUUUCGAGCUUGGUGGAGAGAAGAAGACCAAGGGUGCUGCUCUUACUUUCUGAGCGUCUCAUUUUCUACUUCUAUGUCGCAUUUGUUCUCCACUGCCACCUACUACGAAUAUGAUAUGCUUGCAUGCCCACUCGGUCUAAGAUUUCGGUCAAAUGGCGGUGCUGUUCUCGCUCACGGCUUGGGUGCAUGUCGCAUCGGCGACGGGAACUAUAUCCCACUCGGCCGACAUGUAGCAGUUUAAUGACGACCAUAGCUUGGAACACCUUUCUGACGCCUGUAAUCUUUGACAUUUGAUGAGCCACCU